AUGGCGAUCCUCUCUCUUGCCCACCUCGCUGGAGCAGCCGUGCUCAUUUUCAUCGGCGUUCUAAUUGUCCGUCUGCGUUCACCUUUAGCUUCCCUCCCAGGACCUCGCCUAGGUCUUCUAACACCAUGGCAACUGAGAUACCAUGAGCUUCGUGGCAAAAGAACGCAAUAUGUCCAUCGAAUGCACCAGAAGUACGGUAAUGCAGUCCGUGUAGCCCCAAAUGAGGUUGUUUUCUCGUCACUCGACGCGAUGAAGGAGAUAUAUCUGUCCAAAGGCAGUGGCUUUGACAAGACAAGUUUCUACAACCUCUUCUCUCAGUUUGGGCUCAGCCAGAGACGACGAGUAAUCGCCGACCGUUACGCAAACACCAACGUCAACCGCGAAGCCUCUCUACACGGUAUACAAGAGAGAUCACAAAACUUCAUCGCUCGUUGCAAAGAUGCUCCAAAGCAGGAGCUUGACGUUUACAUGUUCCUCCACUGCUACGCGUUCGACUGCGUCACACAUCAUCUGUUCCAUCCUCAUGGCAGUGACUCGAUUCUCCAGGCGUCAGAUGAAAAAACACUCCAUGAGGCGGUAUUUGACAACAGCCUUGUUAGGAGGCUCUUGAACUAUUACCACCCAACUCUUGGCAGCGUUGCAGGCAAGCUGGGCUUAUUCGGAAAGUCGCGCGGUAUUCCUCGAGCUACAGAACUUGUGCUCAAUGGUGUGAAAAAGGGCGGCGUCGCUGACUUUACACUGGUGAGUCGCAUGCAGGAAGAAAAGUUCGGCAUGGGCACUUUUGACAUCGCGUCUGAAUGCAUGGAUCACAUGCUUGCCGGGAUUGAAACCACUGGGGAUGCGCUGUGCUUUCUGAUGUGGCAGAUCUCUCAGCCAGGCUAUACCUUCAUCCAGGAGCGCCUACGAGAUGAGUUUAGAGCCAACCCUGAUGUUCCUUCCGAUCAACUUGAGUACCUCGAAGCAGUCGUCAAAGAAGGUCUCAGAGUCUUUCCUUCGAUCCCCAUGAGUUUACCAAGGUGCGUUCCUGAAGGCGGCGCAACUGUUGAUGGCCAUUGGCUUCCUGGAGGUACUAUCGUGAGCUGUCAGCCAUACUCGAUGCACCGAAUGGACGAAGGGGUUUUCCCCCGUCCAGAUAGCUUUGAGCCACAGAGAUGGCUAGAGGAGAAAGGCUCAGCUGAGCGAAACCGACUAUUCUUUGUGUUCUCUAAUGGAGGACGUGCAUGCAUCGGAAGACAGUGA